ACAUAACAAAUUGUUGAAAAUUUUCAAAAUUUAGCUCACGGGAUGCUAUUAUUAGACUAUUACUAACUGCCAUUUCUAUUGUUGACUCUAAAGUAGACCCUUGUUGAUUCUCUUGCCAUGCUUAAAAUUUGGUAAGCAGGAAAUAAGAAAUUUGUAUACAAUGUGUCAUGUAUGGUAAAGACUUUGCUAUAUAUAGCAAGAUUAUAGAGAGAUUUCGUCUAAAAAUACAGAGAGUACAAACUUUGAAUUGACGUGAGUGAAUCUAGCCUAUCUUUUUGGGAGAUCGCUCUCCCCUAACAGCGAGGCCAUAGAACACUCAUAAUCUUGGCAAAGAUGCAACCAUUUUUGAAAUGGAGGAGGAUGUAUCAAAAUAUGCGCACAGUCCAGCCCAUCUCGCUGUGGCCCGACGUGACCAUGUGGCCCUCCGCCGACUCAUCUUGACCCUCCCCCGUCUCCCAGAAGCAGAGGAGGUCACCACGGAGGAAGAAUCCAUUGCCAGCGAACGCGCUGCCGAAGCGGUCUCUGCCGUCAUCGACCGUCGUGAUGUCCCCAAACGCGAAACACCCCUCCACCUCGCCGUCCGCCUCCGCGACCCGACAUCGGUCGAGAUCUUGAUGUCUGCUGGUGCCAGCGGGUUUCGUCAGAAUGCCAAAGCCUGGGCGAUAGCGAUGAUAAUCAAAUGCCAUUCUGAUCCUCUUUCUCAGGCCAAAUUGUGUCGUAGAUUUCCUAGAAUUGUAGCAUCAAUUUCUAGAAUUAGGGAUUUUUACAUGGAGAUUACAUUUCAUUUCGAGAGUUCAGUGAUACCAUUUGUAGGAAGGAUUUUCCCCUCUGAUACUUAUCGUAUUUGGAAACGGGGUUCGAAUAUAAGGUUAGAUAUGACUUUUGCCGGGUAUGAUGGGUUUCGAAUCAAGAGAACCGAUCAAUCAUUUCUCUUUCUAGGGAAAGGGAAAGGAUCCGAAGUGCUUCCAGGCUCACUGGUUGUUCUUGAACAUAAAAAGAAGGAGAUUAGUAUUGCUUUGAAAGGACCAACAGCUCGAGGAAUUAAACCAGUAGUAGUUGAGGAGAAUGCUCGUAAGGUUGCUGUAAUGUCUCAGUAUAUUUCAACAGGCAAGAUUGAUGUUCAAGAGGCUGAAUUAGUUCCUCACUUGAAUUGGAGAAGACAAGAGAGGACUGAGAUGAUUGGAAGUUGGAAGGGAAAAAUGUAUGAUAUGCGUAAUGUGACGGUGAAUAUGAAGGCUAGGACGGUUCCCAUUAAAGUGGCCCAUGAGGAGUUAUCUGUGGAUCAUAAAGAAGAUGGGUUGGAUGAUGUGAUGACGAUGGAGGAGAGAAAGCAGUUUGAGGCUGCUCUUAAGAUGGGAUUGGAGGGCAACUAUGAAGACUUUGACAAUGGGGAGGAUAGUUCCAAGGAGAAGAAGAGUUGGUCUGGUGGUAAUAAUAAAAAGGCAUCAAAGGCUAUUGGAGAGAAGCACAAUGGGAAUGUUAAAUCUAAAAAGGGUAAGGAGGACCUGAUAGAUGGUAAGAAACAUAAGGGGAAAAACUCCGAGAAGAAGAAGAAGAAGAAUGGAGUCAUGGACGAUUCUGAUAAGGAUAAAGGCGAUGGCCUGAACAUAGGGGUGACACCCGUUUUGUGGUUAACCCCUGACUUCCCUUUGAAAAUAGACGAGCUUCUUCCGUUGCUUGAUGUUUUGGUAAAUAAAGUCAAGGCUAUGAGAAGGCUCAGAGAGCUUUUGGCAGCGAAGCUACCUCAAGGCACAUUUCCUGUCAAGGUAGCCAUUCCCUUGCAUACGCCUAUUGUUCGAAUCGUCAUCACCUUCACAAAAUUCGAAGAGUUCUCAGUGGACAGUAAAGCAAAAGACACCAAACCAUCCGGUUCAUGGUAUUCAUGGGCAAGAGGCCAAUUUAUCAGCAGCUCAAAAGAUGAGACCGAUCCUUUCUCUAUACCACAAGACUACACUUGGAUUGAUGCCAAUGAAAGGAAAACAAGAAAGAAGGCCAACAAGGUCAAGAACGAGCAAAAUGAGGUAAGAAUACAAAGUAGGCAACAAGAAAUACUGAAUGCCUACAACUCGUGGAUGGUGUCAAGGAGUAAAGUUACGCAGUAAUUAAUUCCUGAUGAUUUGUAGUUUGUAGCAUUGAUGAUGGCAAAAAAUUCAAAUUUGGUUUGUUAGUUUUUGUGUAUCAUUUGUUUAGUGGGUUUGUUUUCGUGGUUUGCAGUUGUUUUCUCCACUGUUGUAUGAAAUUGACGCUUGUAACCAAUUUGUAAUGUGGAGUUGGGAAAGGAGAUUAACUUCUUUAUCCCACUCUCUCAAUAUCCAUAUUUUAUUUAUUUAUUUAUUUAUAAUAAUAA